AUGUCCUUCCAUCUCGACCAGACAGCCUACACCUUUUUUGAGGUCUCGCCCAGCGCCAGCGCCUACGAGAUCGGCAAGGCCUACCGACGCAAGGUGCGGCGGUAUCCGGCCAAUCGCGUUUGGGACACGCCCAUGGGCUCGGCCGCCAAGACGGGGCUGCAGGAAGUCGAGCGGUGGUACGCCCUGAUCAGCACGCCAGAGGCGCGGGCAGCAUACGACGAGACGCUGGCCGGCAAGUCGUCCCGCGAAGCCGACGGUGUCGUCGACGGAAGCGAUGGAGACAACAGUGCGCGCAAAGACGACGUCAACAAGACCAAGAAGGACAGCAACAGCAACGAUCUCGAAGUCGAUAAUAGCACAAUUGUCGCCAUCAAUGACACCAACAACGGCGACACCACUCGCCCGACCAUCCAGGACCUCCUCGUGGCCACCGGCAACCCGUAUCUCUACGGCACCCUGGCCCGCACCAUCCUGGGCCUCAGUGUCCUCUGGCUGGGCAUUUUCAUCAUUGUCUACGGCACGCCCUCCACGUGGCACGUCGUUCGUUGGCCCUUUGCCACGCUCGGCCUUGCCACGGACAAGCCACUCACACAGCCCCAGAUCCGCGCCGCCUACCACCGCGCCGUGUUAGCCCACCAUCCGGACAAACCGGGCGGCGACGCGUCCGCCAUGGCGCAGAUCAACCGCGCCUACGAGGCCCUGCGAGACCCCUACCAGCGGUGCCUCCACGAGCGCACGCAGUGGCUGUGCGCGCACCUGCGGCGCCGAUCGGAGGCGGAGGCGGAUGUGGUGCUGCCCGUGACGACGGCCGACGUGACGGCGGGCUCGCUGCGCACACCACCGGCAGGCCAGGUGGCCGCCUUUGCCAGUCUGCACACUCUGUGGCAGCGCGCCUGA